ACUACGAAUCCUUUUAAUAUACAUAAUAUAUUUUUGUAACACAAAAUUAAAUUUAAAAGGCUAAAACACACACAAAUUACUCUUUCUAUUGUUGAACGCGCUCGGCUUCCGCGGAUUGACGACGAGUGCGAAUUCGGCGACCUUUGCCUUUCCUCGCCCGGACUUAAAUCUUGUGACACUGAGUCAGUAGCCAGGAAAAACGCAAAGCAAAGGGGCACGCGACUUCUGUGAAUUCCGUCUAAAUUACAAGAGUGCAAGUGUGGAACGAUCAAGCCUUUUCACUACAUCGUCAUGCCCGACGGACUUAUAACCAACAGGCAAAUUCAAAAUGCUAACACAGGGAUUGAUCUCUUUGUUCCAAUGUACCAAGAGAUCCGUGGUAACAUGAUGACUGGCCAUGUUGAAUAUCAGAUUGUGGUUGUUACUCGACUUUCUUCUUUCAAGUCCGCAAAACAUAAGCCUGAAGAUGUGAUUCAGCUAGUGGUCUCCAAAAAGUACAGUGAAAUGGAUGAAUUCUACAACAGGUUAUCAGCAAAUUACCAUGGGGUAUCCCUUCCACCCAUGCCUAGGAAAGCUCUAUUUGUGGGAGAGGAAGAUAUAAAAGACCGUCGAGCUGCUUUUGAUGAGAUAAUGAGGUUUGUGUCUAAGCAGCCCACUCUUGCAAGAAGCCAGGAGCUUUUAGAAUUUCUUGGAGCAAAGACAACAGAUGUUGUUGACUUUAGGAUGACAAAUCAACCAGAAGAGGAGGAAAGCGAAUCUUGUGACUUCUUUAUUAAAGAUGAAAUUCCAACUUCAAAGUACACACAACCUGUAACAGCAGAAAAAACAGCAGAAGAGGAAGAGGAGACGGAAGAAAUUCUGGAUCCUUUGGGCAUUAUAAGGUCAAAAAAACCCAAGAAAUCAGCUGAUGGAGAUAAAAAAGUGAAACCUCAGUUGUUAUUAUUUGAUGAAGAGGUGGACCCUGAUGAAGACUUAUUUGAACCAGCAAAGAAACAUUCUUCUGGAAAGUCUGCAUUUGUAAAGCAUAGUGAUAUAAAACUAUUUGAAGACCCUGAUCUUGGAGGGACUGUGAAGCUUGGCGAUUCACUUUUACUCCCAAGUGCUUGUACAGUUGUAAACACUAAUUUGAACAUGGAGUUCGGUGAGGAAACCGAAGAACUUUUCAGGGUAGAUGACUUUGAUAAACUGCUUACAUUAAGCACAUCUACAAAGCCUAAACCAAAACCAGCACUUAAGCCGAAACCAACUUUGCUUAAAACAACACCUGAAUUAUCUAAGAGUGGUGCCAAUACAGCCUCGGUUCUGACACCACAACUGAAUGAAAAGAAAGCAGACGACAUGGAUGAAAUGGACAUUUUGAAGUACAUUCAACAGAAUGAGUCUGUGAGCGAUGACUCUUUGAAUUUGUUUUAAUAAUGAUUAAAUGAAUAAGACAAUCAAUCUGUGACAUGAAAAAAAUAUUAUUGGAAUAAUAUAACUACUCAUAGUAAUAUAAAAAAUAACCUUAAAAUUAUAUCAAAUUAAUUUGAGGUCCUUCAUGUGUUUUGUACUUCUCAGCUUUCUGAAAAUCAAGUCGCUAAUGUUUUAAUGUUGUUACUGUUAAUGUGAAAAAAAUAUCUUCACAUAUUCUCAUUUAGAAUGAUUUAAAAUAUUACUGAUGUUUACAGGAUUAUCUUUUUUAAUAUUUUGUCUGCUUGAAUCAAAGAAUCCUUGGUAGAUCUCUACUAAUAUAAACUCAGGAACUAAACAUAAAUGAAGGGCUUUUAUUUACCAAUACAAUAAAAAUGAGCUUUUUUACAGUCCUGUAUUUUCACAGAUAAAUCACCAUUAUUUGAGUGUCUGUGCUUAUUAUAUGUACUGUAUCUUUAAACAUACAAGUUAUUUACAGCCUAAGUGAAGUACUGAAAAAUGUGAUAAUUUGAAUGUCUAGUACUAUAGGUACUACAGGUAUUAAAAUUCCCAUCAUUUAGCAUUUAUUUAUUUCGUAAUUCAACAAAGAUUGAAGAAAAUAUAGACCAUCCUUACUUUAUAAAAAAAUACACAUGAAAAAGACAUUUGUGUAAAUUCAUUCUUCCAGAGUGUCAUUCUGCUAGCUUUUGUGGAGUUUUCAUAAAACUAAAACAACGGGCAAUAUUUUGUUAUAUAUCUUUAUUUUUCAGAGUACUAAUGGAAGGUAAUAAUGAGAUUUUUCUUUUAUGCAGAGAAAAUCCCUCAUAAAGAUAUUAAGUUCAUGUUUAUAAUCAUGUGUACGAAGAGUAGAGCAAAAAUGAUCAAAAUUGGUCUGUAGCACAGAAGUUGGGUGUAGUUAUUGACUAUGCCCCUAGGUAUCAUAUGCCUGCAGUCUUCUUAAUCAGUCUGCCUAGUAUCACCAUCUUCAGUUGAUCAAGUCCGUAUUUCUGGAAUUUAUUCUACAAUUAUACACCUGACUUUGCCUAUCUUUUUUCUCCAAGCCAAAAAAAACGUCCGGUCAUAUUGAAAAUCAAAACAAUGAUGACCAUGUUUUUGAACCAUGACAGCUCACCUGCACACACCGAAUUGUCAAAGUGUUUUUGACCAAAACAAUGUGAUUGUCACUUUGCUCCCACCAAAUUCACCAGACCUUGCUCCCUUUGAAGAAACUAUAACUCAGACUGAAGGGAAGAAGAUUUGUAGCCAUGGAAGAAAUCCAGUAAAUUGAAAAAAAAAAAAAAAAAAAAAACACAGAAGGCUUUAGACAUGUUAACAACAUCUUUACUAAUACAUACUGUAGUACUCUGCAGUGGUAAGGUAAGCAUGUUAAGCAUACUAGCUUGUUUUUCAGCCAGUGAGUAUGGACUCCAGUGUCCACUUAGUUUGUGAGCAUAGAUAGAUAGAGACAUUUUGGAUUCCCUUGCAAAUCCAAGAAAGUAAAGGUUUUGUUGAACAUUCUUGAAUGCAGCCGCACCGUGUUGUACCAAUUUCAAGUCAUCAGCCUCUCAACAGCAUCUCUUUCAGUGGGAGUGUGGUCUGCUUCAUAAAAUAUGUAACCAAGUCUAAGACUGGUUUUCCUGAUAGUAAAGGAAAGAGUUUUGUCCAGGUACCACUUGUGUCAGAAGGUACAUUUCUUCUUUGUAAGCUAUCUCCUCAUCAGUGGUGAUCAGGCCUGUGAUUAUGGUGUCAUCAAUAAAGUUAGAGUUAUGUUUAGCCACAUACUAGUCAGUGCAUUAGUAUCAAACUUUUAUCCUAAUCAUACUGAUUAUAUUAAACUCUUUUCUAGUUAAAUAAUGCACAGUUCUUGUACAUGUAAUUGAAAUGACUAAAGAUCAAACCUGAGAUUUCAUAAGUGCUCCUUUUGUCUAGAUUGCUGCCAUUUUGUGCCCAUAAAAUACUCACUGGGAACAGCAAAAAGUGUUCUAAGCACAGGAUCACAGGACUAAAUUGUGCUUGUUUUUUCCUAAUUUGUUAUUAUAAAUAGAAAACACUCUUACCAACCAUUAAAAUGUAUAUCCUUGAAAAACAGACAGACAUGUGAAAUGUAAUCAUUUAUUUUAUUACAAACUAGUAGCACUUUUCUAUACUUUGUGUAAAGAGAACUAUCUUUUAAAACUGUUAUAAUCCAAACUAAUAUCUUCUGAGCAAUAAACUUUGAUUUAUGUAUUUUAAAUUUGCUCUCUAAAUUAAUUUUCCAAGUGUUUUCAUUUAGUAAUCCAACAAACAUUUGUGCUUAAAGAAGUCCACACAUUCUGUAUCUUUUUUUGUGAAUUCAAUCCAAGAUAGAAGAAAUUCCCUUACAGGUAAGUAGAUAAUUUAUUUCUGUUUUUUCUGUUGAGCUAAUUAAUGUACGUAAUGUAUUCUUUAUCCAUUUACCCCAUUGCCCUAUAGUUGAAAGAAGUAUUUGUUGCUGCUGGGUUUUAAAUAAACUUUGUAAUCUGGUCAA